AUGAAGUCGCGAAUUCCCAGUAGAUUACGAACAUUUGUGGGGAAUACUGCUAGGAGUUUGAGUCCCGGACCAUCUCGUGAACCAAGUUCAAAAGACGGACUUGACCAAAGAAGACCGUUGUCAGUGCAAGAGGAUGUGGAGGCGGAUGUGGAUGACGAUGAUGACGAGUCUAGUUUUUCAACCGAAGAAGAGGAUGAAGAUGAAGACGAUCUGACAGAGGAUCUACAAGAUUUAAGAAUCAAGCCGUCUACAAGUAUCAGUUCGAAACAGUCGAGGCAUUUUACAAUUAAUGAUGCUGAUUCGAUUAUUGGUGGUCAUUCUAUUGGCGGUGGUAGUAGAAUUGAUAGUGAUGAAGAAUUGCUGCCUAUUGAUGAUGAAGCAUUGAUUGAGGAGGCUGUAGAGGAAGAGGAGGAUGAUGGGCCUAUUGAGGAUGUGCUUGAAGAUGAUAUGGUAGAUGCUGAAGAGACUCGACAGAGAGAAAGAGAAGAGAAAGGGCUUCGUAGAUCGUACAGUGAAGGCAGUAGAUCCGUGGAUGUUGGCAGUAGCAACAAUGAUUCUAAUGUUACGUUUGCUUCUACCAGUGUGGAGGGAGACGGAUCAAUCAAUAAAGAAGCAAGGCAUGAUAGUGUACUAGUUGCUGGGGUUGGUUCUGGGGUUGGUUCUGGGGUUGGUUCUGGGGCCCGAGCUGGUCCACGUAGUAAUCUGGGUAUUGAUACAGCAGCUGCUAAUUCAACUACCAAAGCCCGAGCUGCUCCAAAGUCAGCAUCUCAAGCGGAACGGGGCAGCUUUGGAACCGGAUAUGGCGUUAAUAAGGGUCGAAGUAGGUCAGGUACUUUUCAAGAGGCAUAUAGAGCGCGAGCACGGUCUUUCUCAUCAAGCAAGUAUAUCAGUCAUAUCAAGCAACAAAAGGUGUUUUCAUUUUCACUCCCAUUUAAUAACCCGCUGGCCAAUCUUGAAAUGCCAUCAUUUACCUCAUCACUAGAUCUUCCAACUAUUAAUUUCCGUUCGAUGAUAUUCAAUUCCAAUGCAGACAGUGGUUCCGAUAUUCAUAAAGACAGUCUGUCGGAAUACGCUGACCUUGAUUCCGAUGAAGAAGAUCUCAAAUACAGUGCAAUCAAGCGUCAAGAUAAUACUCGUGUGAGGGCAGUGAGACAUACCCUUUCAAGGAACUUUUCAUUACCCUUGUCACCAGCCCGACAAGACACAUUUCCCGAUAUUCAAGGUGAUGUAGUUAUUAUGGGUGGUUAUAGAGGUAGCAUUCUACGAGAUAGCAAGACUAAGAAACGAAUCUGGAUCCCUAUAAAGGCAGGAUUGAAUAUGAGAAAAAUCGACCUGACGGUGGGAAUUACUGACCAAGAUGAAUACGACAUGCCAACCGAACACAUCUAUCCAGAUGGCAUGCUCACUCACAUUGGGCCAAUAGAUAUAUCCCGGAGGCUGAUUCGUAAAAUGACCGAACAACCAGGCUGUCGAGUUCACGAAUUCGGUUAUGAUUGGAGAUUAUCAUCCGAUAUUAACUCACAACGACUUCGACAAUUUCUGAAAAAGAUCAAGCAAAAAAGUAAAAACCACAAACCCGCCAUAGUUAUUGCACAUUCAAUGGGCGGUCUUAUUGCACACCAUGCGAUGCAGAACGAGCCUGAGUUGUUUCGCGGCUUGUUAUAUGCUGGAGUCCCCAGUUCAUGUCCCAAUAUUCUGGGUCCACUGAGAUAUGGAGAUUCAGUUCUUCUCAGUUCACGGAUCCUAACUGCCAAAGUCAACUUUCUGAUGCGCAGCAGCUAUGUGUUUCUGCCAUUGAAUGGACGGUGUUUCGUGGAUAAACAUGACAAAACGAAAAGAUAUGAUCUCGAUUUCUUCGACGUGAACACCUGGGUUGAGUACGGACUAAGUCCCUGUGUGUCGCCUAUAGCCGAGGUAAGAGCAAGUGCAUGUCGACAAUUACAACCAUCAUCAUCGACUACUCCAUCGAGUACAAGUGUGAUUCAAGAUAGGAUUCAAGAUAAGCUGCGAGCAGCUGCCAAAACGACGUUCCCGUCGUUGACCAACAGCCCCGACAUGCCGAUUCCGUUCGACGAGGCAAAAGAGUAUCUCGACAGAACCCUCAAACGAACCAAGAAAUUCAUCAACGAGCUAACUGAAGUUCACCCCGACAAAUCAUACCCACCCCUGGCUGUUAUUUACGGAUGUACCCUCCCAACCCUUCGAGGAGCCCGUGUUGAUGGACCCGAAGGUAUUAAAGAAGGAGACUACGACCACCUCUUUUUCGGAGCUGGCGAUGGAGUCGUUUACCGCAAAACUCUCAUGCCCGACUACUACGGAUUCCCUGUGGUCGUCAAAGUCCCGUCUGACGCCAGCCACGUCACAUUACUCACCGAUAUCGACGGUGUCGGCCGAGCGCUCGCUGGCAUCCUCGAAGAAGAGGCUCUCCGAAACAAAACAAACUCCACCACAAAGCACCGAUCCGGAGCGCAACACGCUUCGACGAUGCCUGUUCAGGCCACUACCUAUUAA